AGAAAUUACCUGAAGAUUUAACACUAGAUGCCUUACUGGAGAUGAAUGAGUUAAAAGUGAAAGAGACCAUGAAGAGAUAUGGAGCCAGCACAGAAGAGUGUUCUAGGUUGAACGGCGCUCUUACCUGUUUAAAGAAACUAGCGUGGUCAGGUGGUGAUAUGAAGGAAACAUUAUGGAAUCCUCAUGAAAACCGCAAAGAAAGUUCAUCCCAACUUCCUUCUGACCUCUCAUCCCCGGUGGGGGCAGUUUGGAUUUUAAACACUCCAUUUCCAAAGGCCAACAGCCAUCAGCCUCGUUCGAUAUCCGUGUCCGCCAUCCCUGUUUCUGAACCCCAUGGACCUUAUAUUUGUCCUGAGAGCUUCCAGGAUCCUUUCCCUUCUUCCACACCAAGCAAUAGGUUAACAUUGAGGACUCCUCAUGGAAUUACAAUAACUCCACCCACCACACCUAUGUCAAAGAGGCAAAUGAAGUUAAAGCCUCCUCGGACACCUCCUCCACCUAGCCGCAAAGUCUUUCAGCAGCUGCUGCCUAAUUUUUCAACACUCAAAAGGAGCAAGUCUCAUGAAUCUCAGCUUGGAAACAGAAUAGAUGAAGUACCCCCCUUAAAGUAGGAUGCUCCACAAGGAUCACCACAGAUGGUACGGCGAGAUAUAGGGCUUUCAGUAACACAUAGAUUUUCUACAAAAUCUUGGUUAUCUCAAAUGUGUCAUGUUUGUCAAAAAAGUAUGAUGUUUGGAGUGAAAUGUAAGCACUGCAGGUUAAAAUGCCAUAACAAAUGUACAAAAGAAGCUCCUCCUUGUAGAAUAUCAUUUCUUCCUUUAACAAAAAUCAGAAGAACGGAAUCUGUCCCAUCAGAUAUUAACAACCAGGUGGACAGACCGCCAGAACCACUAUUUGGGACUCUCCCCAAAGCUCUCACUAAAAAGGAACACCCUCCAGCAAUAAAUCACUUGGAUUCAAGCAGCAAUCCAUCUUCAACUACUUCUUCUACACCUUCUUCUCCAGCACCUUUUCAGACCUCAAAUCCUCCCAGUGCAAUUACACCACCAAACCCUUCUCCCAUGGGGCUCAAAGACAGUCGCUUCAAUUUUCCAGCUGCCUACUACAUUCAGCAUAGACAACAGUUUAUCUUCCCAGAAAUACUGAAUCCACCUCCGGUAACACAACCACCUGAGCCUCCUGAAAAUUUAAGUGCUGAAGCCGAAAUGGAAACGGAUGUAGCAGAAGAGCAGGAAGCAGAGCAGGUUGAGGAGCAAGAAGCCAACAAAUCUGAGCCAGAGUAUGAUGAUGAUGAAGUGGAUGAGCUCCCUACAUCAAGGUCCACCAGUGGUACAUUCAGAGGAAUGAUUUUCCGCAAAGCCAGCCAGACUAGUGUAUACUUACAGGAAUGGGACAUACCCUUUGAACAAAUUGAACUUGAAGAACUUAUUGGUCAGGGAAGGUGGGGAAAGGUAUACAAAGGCAAAUGGCAUGGGGAGGUAGCUAUCCGGAUGUUGGAAAUAGAUGGAAAUAACCAAGACCACCUUAAAUUGUUCAAAAAGGAGGUGAUGAACUACAGGCAGACGAGGCAUGAAAAUGUGGUGCUCUUCAUGGGGGCCUGCAUGCACCCGCCACACUUGGCCAUUAUUACUAGUUAUUGCAAAGGGAGAACACUGCAUGCAUUUGUAAGAGAUCCCAAGACCUCCCUGGAUAUCAACAAAACACGACAAAUUGCACAAGAAAUCAUCAAGGGUAUGGGCUACCUGCAUGCCAAAGGCAUCGUCCACAAAGAUUUGAAAUCCAAGAAUGUUUUCUAUGAAAAUGGAAAAGUAAUAAUCACGGACUUUGGCUUGUUUGGCAUUUCGGGAGUUGUACAAGAAGGAAGACGUGAGAAUGAGUUGAAGUUGAGCCAUGAUUGGCUGUGCUUCCUGGCCCCAGAAAUAGUACGUGAAAUGGCUCCUGGAAAAGAUGAAGAUAAGCUCCCAUUUUCCAAAGCUGCUGACGUUUAUGCUUUUGGAACCGUGUGGUAUGAACUUCAAGCUCGAGACUGGCCUUUCAAAAGUCAAGCAGUCGAGGCUCUUAUAUGGCAAGUUGGAAGUGGUGAAGGUGUAAAGCAGCUAUUGUCCACUAUAAGUCUGGGCAAAGAGGUCACGGAGAUUCUUGCUGCAUGCUGGGCUUUUGAUGUCAGUGAAAGGCCAAGCUUUACCCUCCUUAUGGACAUGCUGGAAAAGCUGCCAAAACUUAACCGGAGGUUGUCACAUCCAGGUCACUUCUGGAAAUCUGCAGAACAAUGGCACAAUUUUUACAAAAAGGACCAGUUCUACCAGCAUGGUGUUCACAUUCACUGCCCAGUAGCUAACAAAUAA